AUGGGGAACGCGAGGAGUGGCGCUGUCUCCAAAGAGAUCUUGGAUGAGCUGAAGCUCCACACAAAGUUCUCGGAAAGUGAGCUCUCACAGUGGUAUGAGAACUUCCAGCAGCAAUGCCCCUCCGGACGUAUCACACCUGAAGAGUUUGAAAAAAUCUACACGCGCUUCUUCCCCGACAGCGAUGCCAAAACUUAUGCCCAACACGUCUUUCGCUCCUUUGAUACCAAUGAUGACGGGACCUUGGACUUCAAGGAAUACAUCAUAGCGCUGCAUAUGACCUCUUCUGGAAAAAUGGCACUCAAACUGGAAUGGGCCUUUUCGCUUUUUGACGUGGACAAGAACGGAUACAUCACAAAGUCAGAAGUUGCAGAGAUUUGUCAAGCAAUUUUCAAGCUGAUCCCAAAGGAGAAACAGUUACAGCUACCAAGUGAUGAGAACACUGCUGAGAAGAGGGCCACCAAACUGUGGAGCUACUUCAACAAAAAGGACAAUGAACGAUUGGCAGAAGGAGAGUUUAUUAAAGGUGUGCUAGAGAAUGAGAACGCCCUUCGUCUCAUACAGUUUGAUCCUGCAAAAUAA